CUAGUUGUUGGCAUAUAAUCAUUGAUCAGAAAGAGAAAAAAUAGAGAGAGAGAGGAAAACCGCUUCACAAAUCACACAGUCGAUGCAUGUUCGUUACUCAUAUUUUCCUUCAUGGGUUAUCCUUAUCUUCCUUGAAGCAUUCAACUUAUCACAUUUCAGCGGUUCUGUUUGUCAAUCAAGGACUUCAGUCUCUGUUUUCAUUCUGCUUCUCCUUCCUAAUUUCUGUGGAACUGUCUCUUUUAUGUUUUUUGGGAAGUGCUCUGAAACUUGUUCAACAAUGCAAGAUUUCAAAUUGUGAGGUUUAUAUGGGAUCUCUUACUCUGUUGUCUUCUGAAACUACAUGAAGCAUUGACGAAGAGAGAGAGUGUUUCAUGGGGUGGAGUUGCUUGUUUUUACCUUUCUGUUUUACAUGGAGUUUUUUUGUUCUUGGUACUUAUCAAUUACAACCCUCUCAAACCCAAGUGCUUCUUCAGCUCAGAAAGCACUUAGAGUACCCCAAGCAGUUGGAGAUUUGGAAUGAUCAUACUAAAGAUUUUUGCUCUUUAUCUUCAUUUGUACAAGUAAACAUCACAUGCCAAGACAAUUUUGUCACUGAGCUCAGAAUUAUGGGUGAUGAGGCUGCCAAAGUUGGUGACUUUCAUGGGUUUUCAAUUCCCAAUCAAACUCUAUCAGAGAGCUUUUCUAUGGAUUCUUUUGUGGCCACCCUGGCGAGGCUAACCAGCUUGAGAGUUCUUAGUUUGGUAUCUUUGGGCAUUUGGGGUCAACUUCCAGACAAAAUUCAUCGAUUGUCUUCACUUGAAUAUCUUGAUAUGAGUUCAAAUUUUCUUUUUGGAUCAAUUCCUCCAAAGAUUUCUACAAUGGUGAAGCUUCAAACUCUUAAACUGGAUGACAAUUUCUUCAAUACUACAAUCCCCAAUUGGUUUGAUUCAUUAUCUAAUCUGACAAUUCUAAGCUUGAGGAACAAUCAGUUCAAAUCUAGCAAUGACAUGUCUGGAGAAUUACUACAUCUUACCAGCUUAAAUAGCUUACGUUUUCUGGAUUUGAGUGCAAACAAAUUACACUCUAUGCUGCCUGAAAUGCCCGAAGGAGUGAUCAUGGUUUUCCUCAGCAAUAACUCCUUCUUGGGUGAGAUUCCAAAGCAAUAUGGCAGAUUAAGUCAGCUUCAACACCUUGACAUGUCAUCCAAUAUGCUUAGAGGGAAACCUCCUACUGCACUUUUCUCUUUGCCCAAUAUCACUUACUUGAGUAUUGCAUCAAAUAUGGUUGGUGGGUCACUUCCAGACCAUCUAAGCUGUGGCAGAAAACUUGAGUUUGUUGAUAUAUCCAAUAACAGGUUAAUGGGUGGAUUGCCUUCUUGUUUGAGCACUAAGACAGAAAAGAGAGUUGUCAAGUUUGAUGGGAAUUGCUUAGCCAUCGAUAUAAGGCAUCAGCAUGCAGAACCAUAUUGUGAGCCAGUCAGAAUGAAGAAACAAUCCAGAGGCAAAAACUUAGCAAUUUUAGUUGGUGUAAUUGUUGGAAUCUUCGUAGUUAUGGCACUUUUGGCUUUUGGCUUUCUAUUUUUGUGUAGAAGAUAUUGCCCUCGAGGGAUAUCAGAGCAGCAUUUAUUGCAGAAAGCAGAGCAAAAUACCUCAGCAGCUGGGUUCUCCUCUGAGUUUCUAGCAAACUCAAGAUUUGUUUCUGAAGCUGCAAAGUUGGGCAUGCAAGGUCUUCCAGUUUGUCGGUCUUUUACUUUACAAGAGAUAAAACAAGCUACAAACAACUUUGAUAACUCUGCCUUCAUGGGAGAAGGAUCAUGUGGAAAGCUUUACAAAGGAAGAUUAGAGGAUGGCACCCCAGUUGCUAUUAGAUGUCUGCCUUUGUCCAAGAAAUAUUCGAUCCGAAAUCUUAAACUCCGGUUGGAUUUGCUUGCAAAGCUUCGUCACCCACAUUUGGUUGUCCUUUUGGGGCACUGCGUUGAUGUUGGUGGAAGAGAUGAUUGCAUUGGGAACAAAGUCUUUCUUAUAUCUGAAUAUGUGCCUAGAGGGAGUUUCCCUACUUAUCUUGGAGAGAAUAGCUGCAGAAAGGUUUUCAAUUGGUCAGAGAGAUUGGCAGUCCUAAUUGGUGUAGCCAAGGCUGUGCACUUCCUACAUACUGGAGUUAUUCCAGGUUUCUUCAGCAACCGACUGAAGACAAAUAAUAUCCUGCUCAAUGAGCAUUGGAUGGCAAAGUUAGGUGACUAUGGGCUGUCUAUUAUCUCAGAAGAAACUGACAAAUGUAGGGCAAAAGGAGAAGGCCUUAAAUCAUGGCAAAUGACAAAAUUAGAGGAUGAUGUUUAUAGCUUUGGAUUCAUAUUACUUGAGGCACUUGUUGGUCCUUCGAUACAUGCUAGAAGAGAGGCAUUCUUGCUAAAUGAAAUGACAUCAUUCAACUCCCCAGAUGGGCAGAAAAGGAUAAUUGACCCAAUUGUGCAAGCCAGCUGCUCGCAAGAAUCCUUAUCAGUUGUGAUUUCCAUAAUGAGCAAAUGCAUUUCUCUUGAGUCAUGUAGUCGUCCCUCUAUUGAGGAUGUGCUUUGGAACUUACAGUAUGCAGCUCAAAUUCAGUCAACAACAGGUGAUGGUGAUCAUAGGCUUUGACUCUGCAUCACAUCAAUGUUCUUUUUUCUUUUUCUUUUCCUUUUUUUUAUUUUGGGGGUGCAUGUAAGCUAGCUGCUCCUGAACAUACCCAUUUCAUUGCUGAUUAGAAGACAUCACAAACAUCUGAGGCCAUGUAAAGGCAUAAAUGUGCCUCAAUCUGGGCAGAGUUGAUAGAUCUUGAUAGACAUGUGGUGCUGUAAUUGUAAAAUGACUGAUAUAGAAUCAGUUACCAGGUAACUUCAAUAGAUUUCAUCAACUAUGGAAGUACUAGUCCCAAAUCAAUGGUAGAAUUCUUUUCUUGUCAAACUUGUA